AUGCAAACCAUCUUUAUCGUUUGGCACCAAAUAAAGUCUGUGGGGCCGACCCUUGACCCAGAGAAAGACGAAGACGACGAAGACGACGAAGACGACGAAGACGACGAAGACGACGAAGACGACGAAGACGACGAAGACGACGAAGACGACGAAGACGACGAAGACGACGAAGACGACGAAGACGACGAAGACGACGAAGACGACGAAGACGAAGAGACGAAGACGACGAGACGACGAAGACGACGAAGAGACGAAGAGACGACGAAGACGACGAAGACCACGAAGAUCACGAAGACGACGAAGACGACGAAGACGACGAAGACCACGAAGAUCACGAAGACGACGAAGACGACGAAGACGACGAAGACGACGAAGACGACGAAGACGACGAAGACCACGAAGAUCACGAAGACGACGAAGACGACGAAGACGACGAAGACGACGAAGACGACGAAGACGACGAAGACCACGAAGAUCACGAAGACGACGAAGACGACGAAGACGACGAAGACCACGAAGAUCACGAAGACGACGAAGACGACGAAGACGACGAAGACGACGAAGACGACGAAGACGACGAAGACGACGAAGACGACGAAGACGACGAAGACCACGAAGAUCACGAAGACGACGAAGACGACGAAGGCGGCGAAGGGGACGAAGGGGACGAAGGGGACGAAGGGGACGAAGGUGACGAAGGCGACGAAGGGGACGAAGGGGACGAAGGGGACGAAGGGGACGAAGGCGACGAAGGGGACGAAGGGGACGAAGGCGACGAAGACCAUGAAAUGCUUCGUGCAGCUGCAUUUAUACCUCAUAAAA